AUGGGAUGCACAAUUACAUCUGAAAAAGUUAACCAAUAGAAAACUAUGAUGAUGGAAUCAACUUUCAACAAAGAGUAAUAAGAAAAAUAAUAACGCCAUAAAGCCCAUUUAAUUUUAGAUGAAUAUAGAUAAACAAAAACUAUCAGAAAAUAAGUUAAACUCUAAUCUGAUGUUAAAGAUGCCCUACAAUAAUAACUUACUCGUAACAAAACUACAACACCUUAAAAAUCCUCAAUAGCAAAUUGA